AUGCUCUUGGCUGGGUACCAUCACCAGGCCCAGGCUGGGAGGCAGCCAGGCCUUCCCCAGGCUCUGAGGAGCCACUGCUGCCUUUGUUCAAUCCUGCCACUGGACGCCCUCACUGGCCCCGAUUCCCCACCACUUGCCAUGCCUGAGGAGACCCAAGAAGAUACCAUGGCGCCAAGGAUGCCAAACCGGAGCGGCAGGGGGCCACUGGCCCCCAACCACGUGCAGGAGGUGCACCUGCAUCAGGUGGAGUCCAUCAGUGACCUACACAGUGGAGGCUCACUGCACCCCUAUCUGACUGAAGAGGCACGGCCAUGGGACGAGCUCCUGGGUGUUUUGCCACCAUCACUGUGUGCCCAAACCAGCUGCAGCCCUGUGUAUGGCAGGGGGGCCUUCCUGCUGCUGCUCGCGCUGCUGGUGCUCAUAUGCCUGGCGCUCGCCAUCCUGGCUGUCUACCUGAGUGUGCUGCAGAGUGAAUCCCUACGCAUCCUGGCACACACAUUGCACACCCAAGAGGAGACACUACUCAAACUUCGCCUGGCCAGCCUCAGCCAGCUGCGGAGGCUCAACUCCAGCGAGGCCCGAGCACCCAGCUGAGAUGCCACUUUGACCUGGGGCCUGGAGGACUAUGUGUGGGGGUCGGGAUAAAGUGGCCACUGGCCUCAUCUACAGUACUUCCUUGGUGAGACUUUUGUCCAAGAACCUGAUGUGACUCCACAGCUGCCCGACUCUCCUGCCCUCUUCAAGCCAGGCCUAGCCAAGGCUUCUGGUCGCUAGGCCUUGCUUUAGGUGGUCCAAGGUCAGGGGAAGGGGCACCGGCCUCCUGGUUCCUCCUGUGGCCUGUCAGCACCCUCUGGCCAUCCCCAGAUGGCAGGUUCAGAAGUGUAGAAAUAGCACCCCCACCCGGCUGUCUCCCAAACUCUGCCAAGCCUCCCGGUGGGAGACCAGCCUCAGCUCUCAAAGAUAGGCUGGGCUCUGAGUAGGGGGAGAGGGGCCACCUAGGGAGACUGCCCUGGAGGACAAAGGUGAGAUGGAGGAAGACCCAGCUGGGCCCAAGCCUAGGGUGGGUGGGGAAGGAGGGUAGACAGAGAUAGAUAUCCAGGAGUCAAGACCACAGAAGGCUGAGCAUUCUGUUUAAUUAUGCAUAAUAAUCUUUAAAAAUCAGCACACAAAUUCAUUCCAGGUAGCCUUGCCUCCCCAGCUGCUGUGGUGGCAUUUGUCUAGAUGCCAUCUCCCCCAAGGAAGUGGGUCAUCCCAGGGGAGCAAAGCCUGAGAAAGAAGAGGAAGGGACAGCCCCCCUACUCUCUGCCCCACAGCCCUGGGCCACAUUUGGCCCGGCCUGAGACAGGGCAGCAAGAGGCCACAGGGCUGAGUGUCCUGGCCUCCAGCCACCCACUCCAUGUCUGUUUUUGGUUUUGUCAUUAAAAAAAUAAAGCGACAAUUUCUGGCAGA